AUUAUUUGAACUACAACAAGCAAAGCGAUGACGUGUUGUUAUGUGAGGAAUGAACUACCGUCCAUUCAAGCUACUUGGUUUAAUUACAUUAAAGAGAAUGUAAUUGUUAUGUAUAAAAAAAUAAAGCCGAAACCAGUAUAUUAAUCAAUUAUAACAACAACUACGACAAAGCGAAUUAAUGCAGAUAAUGUUAAACACUAUUCUUCCUUUUUUCACGAUUAUUAACAACUUCACGAUGACAUUUCUGUUUUGUAUAUUUUAAUCGUAAUUUUUAUUAGCAUUGAUCACGAUGGGUUUUCUAGUAUAUUAUAUUUUUCCGACUGUCCUACUUUUGGCGUUGAUAAGAAAAUAUCGUGAAUCAAAAUGGGGUAAAUGCAACAAUAACAUUCAACUAGAUGGAAAAACUGUUAUAAUUACUGGUGCAAAUUCGGGUAUUGGAUUCGAAGUAGCCAAAGAAUUAGCCUCUAGAAAAGCUUCUGUUAUAUUAGCGUGUCGAACUCUAACGAAAGCAAAAGAAACUUGUUUUACAAUUCAACAAAAUAUAAAAGAAGCUGUCCUUGUGCCUAUGGAGUUGGAUUUAGCAUCAUUAAAAUCAAUAAAAAAAUUCUCGGAUGAAAUAAAAAAGAAUUAUAAAGAAAUACACAUAUUAAUAAACAACGCUGGCGUUUCAUAUCCUAGUUCAACAAGGCUAGAAACUGCUGAUCAUUUUGAAAUUCAUUUUGGAGUCAAUUAUUUAGGACACUUCUAUUUGACAAACCUCUUACUAGAUGAACUAAACAUUUCGUCAGGAAAAAGUAGAGUAGUAGUUGUUGCCUCUUCUUUACACGAAAGAGGUGAAAUAAAUCUGGAUAAUUUAAAUAAUGAGAAAUUAACCAGCAAGAAUUUAUACGCCAACUCAAAAUUAGCCAAUAUUUAUUUCGCACAGGAAUUAGCAAGAAGGACAAAGGAUAAAAAUAUUAAUGUAUAUGCUUGUUGUCCUGGUUGGGUUUAUACAGGAUUGUUUAGAUAUACCAUCAGAUGGUACCACUUUUUUGUUGUAGCUCCUGUUGCCUUCUUUUUUAUGAGAAGUUCUGGUCAGGGUGCUCAAACUCCAGUUUAUUGCGCUACUGAACCAAAACUAGAAAAUGAAACUGGACUGUUAUACAGGGACUGUAAGCUUUAUGAUAGCAAAGCGAUUUUUUAUGAUAGCAUCUCGACGAAACUUUGGGUGAAGACUGAGGAGAUGAUUGAAGAUGCACUGAAAGUCAAAUAACAGAGAUAAUUUAUCUUAAUACUAUGAUUCAGAUCAAAAAUUAUAAGAUAGAUCAAAUUUAGGGUUUCUAUUAUUAGAAAAUAUUGUAGAGAAGGUGCGGGGAUUAAUCAAAUUCAAUCUUCAGAAAGUUGGUUUGAACAUACAUGUUAGUAAUGUUUAGUUACCAUUUUUUAAGUUAUUUGGGAGAUUUUUCCAAAAAUUUUGCAAUAAUUGAUGAGAAAUGGCCUUUUCCAAAUAAAUUACUUAGUAGUAAUGUUUAUAGCUUUUUAGUGUAAUCUUAUUGUUAUUUUGUUUUUAUAGCGUGGAAAUAAAUUGUGGAAUGAAAAUAAA